AUGGAGUUUGGAGCGUCGCAAGAGCCUCCGCCAAAGAAAAGGAGGUUUUUCAGGGACACGGGUGAAGAAUCCUCUGACCCGAUUCACCAGAGUCCCAAACAGAGCUCUUCGCCAACACCAGCCAAGGAAAUCUUCAGAGACCCCGACCAAGUUAAGACGGAACACGAUUCACGAAUCGUUCUUGCUGAACUUUCCGAAAAUGGCACACCAAAUGUCAAGUCUGAGUCGUCUCAGCCGACGCCUGUGCAAGAUGCCGAUACACCCAUGAGCUUCGACAAAGACAUGUUCGAAGCCUUCAUUGGCGACAAAGUCAGCAACGAAGUACUCAAUAUCAUUCGAGAUAUUUGUGGCGACAACCUUGAAAGAGCUGUUAAUAUGUAUUUCGAUGGCACGUACAAAAAAUUCCAAACUAAACAGCCAUUCGGAUCGCUGGCCCAACGGUCAGCCACUUCCCGAACCACCAACGCAGAACCGAACCAAGAAUCUACACCAGCAACUGUAUCUCCCUCCCGAGGAACCAUGCCACGAAAACGGUACAUAGGUGCUUUUGGUGUAGAAGGCUGGACUACUCGAAGUGGAACCAAUAUUCUCAAGCAUGGUGAUGUUAUCAAGAUCGAGCGCCAGAAAAUCCAACCACCACAGCCGCCCAAGAUAAAAAAUAAACUGGGUGUUGUCAGUUCACCGUCUCCUAGGCCCAAUACAGCGGCUUCAAGAAGAGUCGAUGUGAUUGUUCGUUUCACUAAUCAGUCCGGAAUGGAAAUCGGCCGGUUGGCUAAAGACACGGCGAAUUGGGUGUCAACAUUGAUGGAUCAAAAUGUGUGCCAUUUCGAGGGAAACUGUGUAUACUCACCUGAGAGACUGCGAACCAAUGAUACCGUGUUCUUGCAGCUGAGGUGCUCACUGCUAAACUCGGCCUUCGAUAACCGCAGCUUUAAGCUUGCCGAUGACCGACCCAGCAACUUUUUCGAGCAGAGCGAGACUACGGAUGAGAAAGCACUACGGCUCCGUCAGGUUGCAUUAGUAAGACUCUUCCAGGAGAUCAAUCUGCAGCCGACCCGAACAAAUGCAGCGGCCAAGGAUGGCAGGAAGGGUCUGCUUCAGGCCGCUGAAAUGGACGAAGAAAAACAACGGGAAGCCAAGAAGGCAGCUGUGCAAGGCAAAGAACCAGAAUCAGCGGCCAAUUCGUCCGAUACGGAGGAAGGAGAGGAGCUUGAGCAAGAUCAGCUGGAUGCCCUGUAUAAGAAGGCGCAAUGCUUUGACUUCAACACGCCAGAAGCCGAGCCUGCCGACACCUUCGCCAUGACUCUGCGGCCUUAUCAAAAACAGUCUCUACACUGGUUGAUGGCGAAAGAAAAGGACGAGAGGAGUAAUCGAGAACCUUCCAUGCAUCCGCUCUGGGAAGAGUAUGAAUGGCCCACAAGAGAUGUUGACGAUAAAGACUUGCCUGAAGUCCACGGGGUGUCCAAAUUCUACGUCAACCCAUACUCAGGCGACCUCUCUCUAGACUUUCCUGUGCAGGAACAACAUUGUCUUGGUGGAAUACUUGCUGAUGAGAUGGGGCUGGGAAAGACUAUCCAAAUGCUCAGCCUAAUCCACUCGCACCGAUCAGAAGCUGCUGUAGAAGCUCGACUCUCUAACGGAGGUAUAUCGAGCGUUAAUCAGCUGGCUCGACUAGGUGCCAACUCAGCCAGUGUCAUUCCUGCACCGCGCACAACACUAGUGGUAGCGCCGAUGUCACUUCUCGCACAAUGGAAGAGCGAAGCAGAAAAGGCGUCCAAGGAAGGUACCAUGAAAAUUGAGCUUUAUUAUGGCAAUGAGAAAACGAACAAUCUGCAAGCAAUGUGUGGCAGCUCAAAUAUUUCUCAAGCGCCGGAUCUUGUUAUCACUAGCUAUGGUGUCGUGUUGUCCGAGUUCAGUACAAUCGCAGCGAAAAAUGGUGACAAGUCCUUCCACAAUGGCUUGUUCUCAUUGAAUUUCUUUCGAGUCAUUCUCGACGAAGCGCAUCAUAUCAAAAAUAGAUCCUCCAAAACGGCACGAGCUUGCUAUGAGGUCUCUGCCGAUCACAGAUGGGUGCUCACUGGAACUCCCAUUGUCAACAAGCUAGAGGACUUGUUCAGCUUGGUGCGGUUCCUUGGUGUGGAACCGUGGAACAAUUUUUCUUUCUGGAAAACAUUCAUCACGGUACCGUUCGAAUCUGGUGAUUUCAUGCGGGCAUUAGAUGUCGUCCAGACGGUACUCGAGCCACUGGUUAUGCGCAGGACAAAGGACAUGAAGACUCCUGACGGCCAACCCCUUGUGCCUCUGCCUCCAAAGCAGGUUGAUAUUGUUGACGUGGAGCUGUCUAAACCCGAACGAGAUGUUUAUGACUACAUUUUCAACAAGGCGAAACGAACAUUUUCCAAGAAUGUUGAGGCGGGAACCGUGAUGAAGGCCUUCACCACAAUUUUUGCACAGAUUUUGCGACUGCGACAAUCAUGCUGCCACCCCAUCCUAGUCCGAAAUCGAGACAUUGUGGCAGACGAAGUAGAAGCUGGUGCUGCGGCAGAUGCAGCAUCUGGCUUGGCGGAUGAUAUGGAUUUGGAGACUCUGGUGGCACACUUUACUGCGACGACUGACGAGGCAGCCAAAGACAAUUUCACAUACGGCGCCAAUGCCCUUGAAGAAAUCCGCAAUGAAUCAGAGAAGGAAUGCCCCCUCUGUUUUGACGAGCCAAUGAACGACCAGACUGUCACUGGUUGCUGGCACUCUGCAUGCAAAAAGUGUCUGCUGGAUUUCAUGAAGCACGAAAGUGAUCGCGGCGUUGUUCCACGAUGUUUCAACUGUCGUGAACCUCUCAGCCAAAGAGACUUGUUCGAGGUUGUGCGACACGAUGACGAAAUCGACAUACAGUCCAAGCCCAGGAUCAGUCUGCAACGCCUAGGCGUGAACCAGUCGUCCGCAAAAGUGGCAGCACUCAUAACUGAAUUACGAGCCCUACGAAAAGAGCGCCCACACAUGAAAUCCGUGGUGUUCUCCCAAUUCACGUCGUUUUUGUCCCUAAUCGAACCCGCCUUGACACGUAACAACAUCAAGUUUCUACGUCUCGAUGGCUCCAUGGCGCAAAAAGCACGAGCUGCAGUGCUAGAAGAGUUCACCGAAAGGAAAGGUUUUAUGAUUCUUCUCAUCAGUCUGCGAGCCGGUGGAGUGGGACUAAAUCUCACCAGCGCAGGGCGAGUCUUCAUGAUGGAUCCAUGGUGGAGUUUUGCUGUAGAAGCACAAGCUAUUGAUCGUGUGCACAGACUCGGACAAGAAGAUGAAGUGGUGAUUAAGCGGUUUAUUGUGAAGGAGAGUGUGGAAGAGCGCAUGUUGCGCGUACAGGACAGGAAGAAGUUCAUUGCUACGUCUUUGGGUAUGAUGAGUGAUGAGGAAAAGAAACUGCAGCGCAUUGAGGACAUAAAGGAGCUGCUUAGCUGA